ACGGACGUCAGUCAGCCGUUAAAGAGAUUCAAAGGUCAGGGGCAAGCAGUGACAGGAAGAAGUGUCUGCCAAGGCCAUUUGAUCACCGGUAGGUGUCGCUGUCCGCGCGCUCUGCAGCUACAGCUCCGGUCGGUAGCGCCGCGCGCUGCGUCCCAACACGAGCACGACCGACCAAGACGCGCUGUAGCACGCGCAGAGCAAAAGCUUGUGAAGACAGAGAGAGGAGAGAGAGAGAGAGAGCGAGAGAGAGAGAGAGAGGAGAGAGAGAGAGAGAGAGAGAGAGACCCGGGGCUGGAGUUCAGGGGGACCGCGCGCGGACAGGCUCUAGGGCAGAGAGCUGUAGAGGAGGUGAGCUGGAUGGGGGAGCCGCGCGGAGAGAGAACGGAGCAGAGCGCGCGGGACAUCAGACAUGAGUCCGAGGUGGUGGACUGAAGACGAUGCUGGAUGCCAUGGAAGUCCCAAGUCAUGCUAGGCACCUCCUCUUGCAACUAAACACGCAGCGCACCAAGGGCUUCUUGUGCGAUGUAAUAAUAGUGGUGCAGAAUGCUCUGUUUCGUGCUCAUAAGAACAUUCUGGCUGCCAGUAGUCUUUACCUUAAGUCCCUUGUUGUCCAUGACAACCUCAUCAACCUGGACCAUGAGAUGGUGAGUCCAGGCGUCUUCCGAGUCAUCCUCGACUAUAUCUACACAGGACGUUUAAGCGAAGGUGACCCCACCUCUCCCACAGAGCCCAACAUAGGGGCAGUGUUGGCAGCUGCCAGCUACUUGCAACUACUGGACUUGGUGGCACUGUGCAAGAAAAAGCUGAAGAGACCUGGGAAAUACCACUUACGACCCACACCUGGGUUUUUGCCUUACAGUAAAAUGGGUCCCAGCGGGAUGGUGGGGGGUCGACUGCGUGUGUCCACCCCAGUGAUCCAGCCCUGCUUUUCUAGUGGGGUGAUGAAUGCCCACGGACCACGAGGCCCACCACUGGAGGAUCUUCCGCCCCAUCCCCUGGCCCACCAUGCAGGAGAGCUUUAUGCCCCAGGCUCUACGCAGGGCCCACAGCCCUACCCUCCCACACAAGCAGCUCUGCCCUCACAGCCAGGCCUACGACUGCCCUCCACUGAUAGGAACUGCUCACCAAUAUAUGGACUGGACCUAUCCAAGAAAAGCCCAUCCCAAUCCCAGCAGCAUUCUGCCCACCCUCAUCUCAGCCACCAUGAUGAGGAGCCUGAUGGAGAACUGAGCCACCGCACAAGCCCCAUGCUCAGCCCAAGUGAAGGUGCCGGUAAAAUGGAGGCUGUGCACCGAGGAGGCUCUCUCACCCCACACUCCUUCCCCCUUCUCAAUCAACCUCUUGCAUCUCACCUCCCACACCUGCAGCGUUCCAACUCCCAGGGCCAGGAGCCAUACCCAUGCCCCCCCAGCCCGGAGCCCUCUGAGGAGCCAGGAGAGCGCAACAGGGAUGGCCCUAGCAUCUACCGCUGGGUGAAGAACGAACCAAUGCCCUACAGUGUGGAGGACGAAGAUGAGGAUGAUGAUGAAGAAGAUAGUGGGGGCAUGGGGGAGCAGGAAAAGGAGGUGCACCAGCACAUGAACCACCACAAGAAUGGUGAGGAGAAGAUGAACCUGAGUGAGGGAGGCUAUGGUCGAGGAGUGACCUGCGAUGGCGAGGAUGAGAAUGGGACAGGAAGUGAGGAGACAGGGAGCAGUGAGGGCCGGCCAUCUCCCCCUGGAGCCCGUGGAAGGUAUCAUAUGCCCUAUGAGCCAGAGUCCUUUGGAGAUAACCUGUAUGUAUGUAUCCCCUGUGACAAGGGUUUUCCUAGCUCUGAGCAGCUUAAUGCCCAUGUUGAAACUCAUACAGAAGAAGAGCUCAACCCUGGGGGAGAGAUGGACAGCAGCAAUAGCAACAGCACAGGCAAACCCUCCAAUGCCAAUGGUCCCGCAAGCUUAAACAGUACUGGCAGCCUCCACAGCCCUUUCCUGGACAGCAAAUCAGGCCAAAACCUGCACCCCAUGGGCAUUGGAGAAAUGAUCCGUCCAUAUCGUUGCUCCUCAUGCGACAAGUCCUACAAAGACCCGGCCACCCUGCGGCAGCAUGAGAAGACCCACUGGCUGACACGCCCAUAUCCCUGCAGCAUCUGUGGCAAAAAGUUCACACAGCGUGGCACCAUGACCCGCCAUAUGCGCAGUCACCUUGGCCUGAAGCCCUUUGCCUGUGAUGCUUGCGGAAUGCGCUUCACCCGGCAGUACCGGCUCACUGAGCACAUGCGCAUUCACUCCGGUGAGAAACCCUAUGAGUGCCAGGUCUGUGGUGGCAAGUUUGCCCAGCAGCGCAACCUCAUCAGCCACAUGAAGAUGCACAGCAGCGGUGGGGCUGGUGGGGGGCUUGCAGCUGAUGGCAAGCUGAAGAUAGACUUCACUGAGGGCAUCUAUCCCCUGAGCAAGUAUGCGGCUGAGCACUUGGGCCUGAAGCAGGAGAAGGCUUCAGAGCUUCUGGCGCAGGCCUCCCAGCAUCUGUUGGCUGAUGCCAAGGCCAUGGAGAGCCUGUAUCCACUGUCCAAACUGACUGCUGAGCACCUGGGCCUAACCCACGACAAGAUGGACAUCCUUCCACUGCCACCCGCCCCCCAGUCUCUCCCCACAGAGUCCCGCACCAUUGACCGCUACUCCCCCAGCUAGGCAUAGGAGACUGCCGACGCUGCCUUCAAAUGCCACGGCUCAGCUGGCCCAGCUACGACACAUCACUGUAUGCUGCCCACAGUAUUUCAACUCUCACCUCAACUGCAUUUGAAUCUGCACCUCAGACACAGGAGGCCAGAGACAGUUGGCCGUGAAAAUGCACACAGAGUGCAUUGACUUCUAAAAGUGCCUUUCUCUGCACAUUUUGCAGUUGCUUUUUUAAAAAAUAUUUUCCUAAAAGGAGAACUGCGUUAUUUAUAAUCCGCUCCAAGCCAUGGACACACUCGUGUAACAGUGCAGUAUUUAUAAAAAAAAAACAACCAAAACUUCCUUUUUGUUCAGUUGCCGAGCCAAAGAAUCAAUCGAAAACCAAAAAGAGAUGGUUUUUAUUUAUUUUCUUUGUUUUUGUAUGUACGCAAAAGCCAAAGAAAAGAGAUUUCAAAAGAGAGUUGCAAUCAUACCCUAAACCUGUGUACUAAGUAUUAUUAGUGUAUGUAGAAUGAGAAAAAAGCACAUAUGAACAAUUUUCAGGGCUUCUGUCCAGGAUGGAGAUGGGAUUCUGGACUAGAGAAAAGCCACAUCUUUGGGAUUUUAUAGUGAUUUGGAGGACUUUAAAUACUUUUUGGAAUACUGGAUAUCUCCUGUAUCUCAGUUUCCUGCUUUGCUGAGUGGCCCAGCUUUUCCAUACAAAAGGGAGCAACUAAGUGAAGACAGUGUUUGUUCCAGCACUUUGGUAAAGUGAUCUAAGCUUUUCUAUGCAUUGAUGCAGUGAUUCCCAUCAGUGUAGUGAUGGAUAUCCAGAGUGUCUUAUAUAGACUGAAUUAUUUUUGCAGUCAGCGGCCUUCAACCCUUUUGUAUUUUCCACAUCCCCCUCAGCCCGACAUAUUACUUGACAUCCAACCAAGUGUCUUGAAACUUGUUGUUCAGAGAGUAGCACAGCACAGCCCUGUGAGCUCACAUCUGGGAUAUCAUUGCACAUACUCUGAUCAUGACACAGUAAUCCGUAUCCACGACUUUCUGUCCAUAUGGUGCGCUAGACUAAGCAUGGGUGUAGCCCAAAAAUCGGGUAAUAUUUACAAUGCAGCCCAAAAGCCUUCUCUGGGAAGACACAGUGAACCCAUUAGAGAGAAAGCAGCCAAUCUUCAAUAGCACUCACAACCAAACAAAUAGCAAGCAGAACAAAAGCAACCCUUCUCCACAUCUAGUGUAUAUAAACUCUUUCCAAGAAGCCCACAUCAUUUGAUAAAUGAUUAAUCUACCAGCGUUUGCAGUAUGUAAGCUUCCAUAUUCGUCACAGAGAGCUGUGUAUAUUCCACGGUGGCGCUGUCACAUCCUUGUUAAUGGCUAACAAAGCGGCACUGCCUCAUGCCCGCGCACACAGAGUUGUUAAUGUGACAGCUAUAAGGAUUAGACGCAGGGCACUCUCUCUGACACUGAGAGCACGGAUAGGGCUCGGCACGCUCACUGCAGCUGCUCCACUCAGGAUAAGCUCUGUGAAAUCCCCAAUUCUCUCAGACUGUUCGCACUGUCUGUCGGUCUGAUCCUAGAUUUCAUGGCUGCUGAACAGUUGCUGUGAUCUACAUGCUGCCGGGAUAAACCCCUCUCCACCUGCCCCAUAAGCUACAAACAGCACACAUCCGAUUGUCCAAAGCCAAGAAUGUCAUGAGAUUCUGCUUUGCCACAUUAGUGAAAAUAAUGCCUUAAAAUAAUGUCAUUUUGUGAUUAUGUGGGCUGUAUAUUUUAAAUGGCACCCUAAAGCUUAAGCUUAUUUUAUUAUACUCCCGAGAACAUAAUGGCCUUUCUCUUUUUCCUAUUUGCAUCGGCGGGGAGUUUGUUGACCACUAGUGACGAUUACAACCUCAGUAGGUGAAUGUGAAGACUUUAAGCCAUGAAUGCACUGUGAUAGGACUAAUGACCCUUCCAGCCUUAGUGAAUAUACUGAACAUGUUACAGGUUUUGGAGGCUUUUGCAGAACUCCAGAGGCUUUAUUCUGUAGCACAUUGUCAUAUCAAGGUGUUCUUUUUUAUUUCUUUUUUAUUAUUUUAUUUUGGUCACUUUUUUAACCAAAGCAAAGUGAGACUGGUGCUUACCUCAGGACCUGACCCAUCUUGAUAUGGGGACGCAAAGCUUCAGCAAUAGGUUAGCACACACACGCACACGCAAAAACACACUUGCACGCUUAUACAAACACAGGCAAUAUGCAAACACAGACCUUCUGAAGGGAGAGUUGUCCUUUUUCAAACCUGUGGUUAUUUCAAGAACAUGAAAAAUUAUGUUCAUGUUGUCAUUUUUUUUUAAAUGAUUAUGUGAUUAUUAACAGUGUUUCUUUCUGAGUAGGUUAUUCAACUGUCUUCUGUUCGUAAGUAAAGAAAUGACUGUGGUCAGGUUGUAAUAUGAGAAAUUUAUUUUACAUAGUUCAAAUGCCAUCCAAGGCAAACUGAGUAAUUAAACUGCUUUCUUGAUAAAAAUCACUAUUUCUAUAAUAUCCCUCUCUAUACACCUGUAAGUACUCCAGUGAACCCAGCUUUGAACUGAAACACACACACACACACACACACACACACACACACACACACACACACACACACACACACACACACACACACUCCCAAGCAAUGGCAGACGGCUACAUUGGUCCUCUAUGUUAAUGUUAUGCUGUAUAUAAAAUGCUAUGUGUUUAUCAAUAAUUCCCCUGCAAUGAUAAACACUGGGUUGAGUUGGUAAGGGAGAAGCAUAGUUUGGAAAGUUGAUUGACCCGUUUGUUCAGGGUGUGGCUGAAGGAGCUUCAGCUGAGGCCUUGGCAGAGGAGCACUGAGACUUUGUAUACACUGACUAUUAAACCACACACAAGGAACCAGCUUGUUUGGGGCCGAGACAGAUGCUGCGAUUUCCCAACACUCUUUAAGUGGAUAGCAGAGAUCCAGAAAUUCCUCCCGACUUAAUUUCGCAAAACACACACAUGCGCACACGAAAACAGUCUGGGCACAUGGGUUUGUUUGUAUCCAGAAGAAACCCAGAGUGUAAACGGGAUACAAAUCUACAGCCUCGAGGCUCUGAACAAUAUUACCCCUAUCAUAACAGCGUGAGCAGCGACCGCAGACGUAUUAAUACACAUCGAGGAGAUGUGACAGUCUAUUUGAAGUGGAUUUCAGUGGUGGGAAUAUAAAUCUCACACUCCCCUUCUCCGCCAUUCAUUAAGUCACUCUAGUAGAGAACCUCACUCUCUCUUUCUUGCUCUCUCUCUUUCUCUCUCUCUUGCUUUCCUGCCUCCCUAAGACAAAACAAGAUAGAAAGAGGGAGAGAGAGCGAGAGAGAGAGAAAAAUUUUCCACUUCUGUUCCAGAUCUGUAGAGGAAAGAGAACGAGAGCUUUUUUGUAUGCACAGCAGUGACUUUUAAUGCACCUGAGAAUGUGCACAAAAGAAUGGCAUAUGUUCAUGUAUGGAGGGUGUCAUGCUUUUGUCUUUCUCUAUGUUCUUAAAAAAUAAGGUUUCUAAAUUAUUCCUGACUUUUAUGUAGAGUCCUUGGAAAAGCUUCACAUUAUGUGAAGGUUCUUUAAAUCUUUACAUCUCAUUUAUAAAAAUGGGUCUUCAAAGAACCAUCCACUGGAAAGUUCUUUGGAAAAUUAAAAGUAGUUCUUCUACAGCAGAGGUCUUUAAAUCCAGACCUUGAAUCCAAUUUCCGGUCCUGGGUUUUGUAAUAAUUCGUAGGUAUGACUCUAGGCAUUCAAUUAGUUACAACAGUUCAGUUAACUACCAGUGAAUACAAAAUCCAGCACUGGAAACUGGGUUCAAGGUCUGGAUUUGAAGACCUCUGUUCUAUGGCAUCACUCCAAAGAACCCUUUCUGGUACACUUUUUUUAAGAGUAUGGGAGCUGUUUGAGUGCGCAAAGAGCGCAUGUGUUAACGUUGAGCUUGAGGGAAAGAGCGGACUUGAGCAGGGGAAGUGAAUUUUUGGCUCAGUAGUAGCAGUCCGCAGGAUGUGCAGUGUGGUUCUGCUCAAAGCCAGAUAGGCAGAUGAAGAUAGGGAGUGAGUGAAUGAGAGCGAGAGAGAGCUUAGCGAUGAGACUCCAACUGUUCUCCUGACUGUGGAAGAUUGGUCUUAAGACUCCUCUCCAUUCAGAAAUGGAAUGCAAUGCCUGGCCUCCUUAUGCUAGCCCGUCAUUAGUUUUUUCUUUUUCUUUUGCUUCUUCUGCAUAUUCUUCAUGCCUUUUCCCUUUUUUGUGCUCAACAAUGACAGUGUUUGACAGUUUACAGAGAGUUGUUAACCCUCUGGUCACCCUUUGUGUCCUCGGAGUGGGCCAAGUGAAGAAAAGCAAAGCUUGAGAGAUGAAGUGAAAUAUGUGGAACAAUAUACUGUACUAACCAUACUUCAUGAACCAGUCCAAGGGAAAUAUUCCUCUCAGUCUGAGGAAGCUCCCUCAGUCAGAGCAGAAACCAAAGCUUACCAAAGCCAGCCUUAAAGUUUAUAUUGAUGGAAUCUACUCAGCGGAGAGUGUGUUCACAGAACACAUAAACAGCCAAAUCAAAAGCGUAUUACCGCAUUACUGCUGGUGUUAAAGGACGGCCAUUGUGGUCCCACAAGUGGCUUGAUUCCAGUCGGUUGGGGCUGCAGUGGUACAGAUCUGAGGUGUCAGCUUGAGGAUGAACGCAUGCAUGCUGUUAAGAUAAUUUUAUCUUGUCCAUAGCCUAGAGAUUCUUCAGAAGUUUCUUAUCCACAAUCGUGUCUUAAAACCACUCACUUCCUUGCAACAGUUGGUGCAAUCUACGUUUCUGGUUGUUUUGCAAGCUUCUACCACGUAUAGAUAUCACGUAUAGAUAACAAACUGUAAGUUUUGACUGUUUGAGGACUUUCUUAAUCGAGUCUUUUGGGAUGGAUGCUGUCUGGGCUUUACCUGCAUGAAGCUUGUCCAUUUGGGAAAUGACCUCUAAUGCACCUGUCCAUCUGCCUGUCUUUUUUUCUCCCAGCUCAGAAGGAGAGAGCAUAUAUGCGAGAGCGCACAAACCUUGACACACUCAGUGCCUUUUAUUGCAUUCAGCUGUUUCACAUUGACUCAUAAAGAGGGCACAUUUCUGGAGAAAUCAUCACCUCAUGAUUGCACUAGCCCUGCAGCCGCUGAGCUCCUACGGUUUCUCUCUUCUUGCGCCGCUCCCUUUGCCUCUGCCCACUCUCCAUCGCUCCUUCUCCCAGUAUAAUUCAGCAUUCUUUCUCGAGCUUCUCUGUAAGCAUCCCCUGAGUGCCCCCUCCCACUCGCUGACCCACUGCUCUGACCACUAGCCCACAGCCGCGCCUUCUGAUGAAGUGGUGUCCAGCUGUUCUUCAUGCUGAAGAAGACAGUUGUCUAAAUGUUUACGCGAACAACCACUUUCUUUCCCUUCACGCCCCGAUCAAGUUCCACGGUGAACUCAAAGGCAUGUGUUCCUGUUCUCUGUGGGGCAAGAGUGGCCAAAUAAACAGCAGAUAGGCCUAUUGUCUCAGACUUAAUAACUAUAAAAAUAUACCAGAGCCGGAGAUGAAAGAGGUUUGUGAUUAAGGAAAUGCUUAAUGAUACAAAAGGGGAAGGGACAGGGACGAGAGAGAAAGUACUCAGAAAGAUGCUUAGGGAGGAUAGCACAGGUUGGCUGGUGCACAGGUUGGCUGGUGCUGUACCUUCAUUACACUCUUAAAAAUGAAGGUGUCGGAAUAGUUCUUGGUAUGGACAAAGGGAAAUUUGUUCACUGGUAAUGAAGCCUUACAUAAUGUGGAAGGUUACACUUUAGCACAAAUGGUCCUUUAAAGAAGUUCUUUAGGGAGCCAAAGUGCUUCUUCUAUGGCAUCUCUUUAAAGAACACCUUUAUUUAUAGACAAAGAGAAGGUGCUUAGUAUAAACUUGUCUGAACUCUAGAGAAAGACCAAGUCCAUAAGGAGACAAGAUUAAUGCACUUCUGUUUUUCAGCUUCAGGGACAGGUUUGGACUCUACACUUAGUCAAUUUUAAAACAAGAGCCUGGUUCUUUGUUAGAGGAAGGUUCUUUUUUUGCAAGUGGCGUUGAAUGACAGCGUCAUAGCGAACUGGGUUUUACAUUUCCAUUUUAAAGCUUGUGCCCUAAGCGUGGGUAUCGUGUUGCUGGGCCCUCAAAUUAUCACCCCAUCUUCCCACGCAGGGAACAGGCUCUCUGUGUGCCUGCAGCGAGGAGCCUGCCACCGAUGCUUUCUUCAGUGUGUUUAGAUUGGCACUUACAGCUCUGUUGUACCCUCUCCAAGCUCUGAAACGGACAGAGCAGAACCCUGACCAGCAAGAUCAGGAAACGUAGAGCAGCCCAUAAAUUUGUUUGUAUUUGUGUACCGGCUUUAGAACAGCUUCAGUUUGGCCAGCCGAGGAAUUCGAGCAAGCAUGUCAACAAAAAAGGCGAAGAUUAACACUGAGAGAAUGGCAGAACGGAGUGGCUGAUAUUAUCGAGAGGCUGAUAGUCAUGCAUGACCGCGCACACACACACCACACACAGACAUAGACACACGCAGCUGGAUGGCAGGCUGCCCUGUCACUGCUCCCUGUUCCAGAUUAGGUCAGAUUUAAUUAGGCUGCCCAGCUCCUUUUGGAGUGUCGCUUUGAGUUGGAAAAGCCAUUACUAAAGCACAAGCUGUGUUACUGAUGGGCUGAAGCAGAACGGACAAUGGCCAGAAUAUGACUGGAGGUGACUGGAUGGUCGUCAAAACACACAUAAGUACAAACAUGUACCAAUACAACUACACGUACACAUGCACAUUCACAAAAAGUCUCAGAAAAAAAGAACAGGAGAGAAGUGGUAAGACGUUCAAAGAAAAAUAGAGAAAGGCGAGCCAGUACAGAAAGCAGACAUGAAAGUGGACCUGAAUCAGAGGCAUUCAUAAACAGUAAUUGUACUAGGACUUAGAGACAAAAAGGAAGAAAAAGCCUCAGCUAACUGUGGAUGUUCCCACUGCCUCCCAGCCAACCAACACACCAGCACGUCUGUUUUGAUUUCAGCGAUCACCAUUACUUCUUGUUCUGAACUUAUUUCAAAUAUAAUACAAUUUAAUACACCACUUUCAAGUGCUUUCUCGCAAGAUUUACGUGACUUCGAAACCAAAAACAAGCAAUACAAAUAAAACCGAGCAGUAUUUUUCUACAUUACAUUGUCAAUAUUGUUUUCAUUGUUACAAAUUGCUUUUAGUGAAAUGAAUGUAUUUAUUGCAUGUCAAAUGUUUUAUAAUUUUUUUGUAUAAAUUUCAAUUGUGGGGUAUUAAAAAUUGUGUUCUUUUUUGAUUAGGCUUUUAUUUGUUUUAAAAGCCAUUGUGAAAAUGAUUUUUUUGUUUGUUUGCAUCUGUAUUCUAAAUCAACUUGGCAAUAAAAUUAAUUGCAUUAUGGUUUCACAAA